GGUCCAAAAAUAAGGAGAGUUUGGUAAAAUGCAUACAGAUUCCAUCUCAUGAUUGGUUUCUCUUAUGCCUCUUUUUGUCAUUUUCCUCUCUCUAACCCUUCUUAUAAUGCCAAAAUUUCUAACAUCCUGUAGUUGGAGUUUCUUGCACCAACCAAACACUCUUCUACACCAUUUCUCUACCUCAUAGACCAUCAUCUAAUACAGUCCAUAACAGAAUCAGAGAGAGAAAGAGAGUGAAGAAGAAGAAGGAGGAGAUGGAGGUUGGCAGCCUGCAGAGGUCAACAACGUCCUUUAGAAGACAAGGAUCCUCAGGAUUGGUGUGGGAUGACAAGUUAUCAGGAGAAUUGAAGCAGAACAAAGAAAAGGUAGAAAUGAUGAAACGAAGCCGCUCUGCCGGAGGAGUUAUCUACCGGACGGUCAAGGUUUCAUCUUCGCCGAACGUCGACCCUCCAUCUCCUAAAGUGUCUGGUUGUGGGUUGUGUGGCAUUUUUGGCAAGCCUGUUUCUACCCAUCAACGAAAAUCUUUUAAACGUUAA